AAGAUGGCGGCGCCCAGCGGGCCCUAAACGAUGCGGCUGACUCGGAAGUGGGUCUGCUCCGCGCUGCUCGCUGCCUAUUUACUCUUUUCUCUCUAUGCCGCUUACUGUGUCUUUCUGAAACCCCGCCGCUCUGCUGCUUCACGGGGGAACCAGAGGGAGAAACACGGGCGAGAGCAUUUUAUUUUGGAAGUGGAAGAAUGGAACCCUUGGGAAGUUGAUGAGAAAAACAGUUUGCAACAGAACUCAGCAAAUAGUCUGCAGCUUUUAAAAGAGAAGAAAUUGCAACAGGAACAAACAGACCUCAGAGUACAAAUCUGGGGAAAAGCUGCCAUUGGCCUUUACCUGUGGCAGCAUAUAUUUGAAAGUCCGCUUGAGCCUGCAGAUGUGUCAGCCCAGUGGAGGAAAGGAAGACUAAAUGCAGGAAAAACAUUCUUCAGCUUCAUCACAGGUCCAUCUGUAGUCCCUGGGUACUUCUCGGUAGAAUCUGCCAAUGUGGUUCUAGUGCUGAAUGGCCGAGAGGAAGGAAAGCUCUCUUAUGCCACUCAGUGGCUGCAUUAUGCACAAACAUUAAUAGAAACCCACAAGUUGCAGCAUGUUGCAGUUGUGUUGCUUGGAAGUGAACAGUGCAAAAAUGAAUGGAUUUAUCCUUACUUAAAAAGUUAUGGAGGGUUUGUAGAAUUACUUUUCUUAAUAUAUGACAGUCCCUUGGUGAAUGACGAAGAUAUUUUCCAGUGGCCUUUGGGAGUAGCUACUUACAGAAAUUUUCCUGUAGUUGAACCAAGCUGGUCAGUGCUUCACAAUCCACGGUUGUACCAGUGUAAUUUUUUGGGAACGAUUUAUAAAAACUCUUCCAGAGAGACCCUAAUGAAAGUACUGAAGCAGCAUGGGCUUGAAAAAAUUUGUUGGAUUUCUGCCAGAGAAGAGUGGUGGCCUCAAGAAACCAAUGAAAGCCUUCGAAACUAUCAAGAUGCAUUGCUCCAGAGUGAUCUCACGCUAUGCCCUUUGGGUGUAAAUACAGAAUGUUAUAGAAUUUACGAGGCUUGUUCAUUUGGCUCUGUUCCUGUUGUGGAAGAUGUAAUGACACCAGGAAAUUGUGGAAAUUCAUCUGUAUACUACAAUGCUCCACUGCAAUUAUUAAAGACUAUGGGAGCUCCCUUUAUCUUUAUUAAAAACUGGAAAGAACUUCCUGCUAUUUUAGAAAAAGAGCAAAAUAUAACUUUGCAACAAAAGAUUCAAAGAAGAAAAAAACUCAUGGAAUGGUAUCGAUAUUUCAAAGCACAAAUGAGACAAAAAUUUAUUAGUAUAUUGGAAAAUUCAUUUUUACCUAAGGAUAAAGGCAGUUAAUUGUUA